AGAUUUCCAGAUGUAAACAGUACGGUGGCUAACGUUCUUUCCUGAGGCAGCGCUGUAAUCAAUUGCGAUGGACUGAGCGGAAACUGUACAUUUAUCCACUUGAUCUGCUCUUAGAUAUGUAAGAUGAUAUUUCAGGUACGGUCAAGCGAGGGUGUGGUAUUGCCUGUGGAGGUUUUUGCGCCGAAAACGUACACGGACCAGACUGGUAUGUCCUUCAGUUGCUUUUUCUUAUUUAAAAUUUUUAACUUGGAAGGACUAGAGUGCGUGUUUGUUUUCGAAACUAUCGUCAGUUUUACAUCCGGUUUUAAAAGUUUCAAAAGUUCUUACGGUACAAGUUGAUAUCUGGAUCCGGUUUAAGCCGAGUUAUUUAUGUACACGUCAACAACCGUCGUUACACUUUGUUUUGGUUUCGCCUUUUGUUUCCAAUGGGUCACAAGCAAAGCCUUUUAUUUUCUAGGGUUAGAAACUGCUCAUGUGAGAACCGGAAGUUAGUGAAAAAGCGAAAAAAAAAUUGAAUGACCAUUUGUUUUAUUUCAAAGAGAAUAUAUCGAUACAAUAAAUCAAACUAUUAUUUUUGGCAGAAGAGAUUGGAAAUACUAUCAAUCUCGCCGAAACAAUCAGGGUGUAAUUGCUGUUAAUGUCUCCCAAUAGGUCUCACUUUAUUAAAUCUGUUUGUCUUUAUCAUUAAUAAUAUGUUUCUUCUUUCUUUAAAAUAGGUCACCUUGGCUGAUUUUCCAAUGAGAAUUCCAAUGUGAUUGGUUCAGCUAUGGAACCAUUUGCGCGGGACAAAGGUGAAGGAACAAAGAAAGUAAUUGUAGCCAGUGACAGUGCUCGUAAUCACAGUCUUAGAGCAAGAUCAUCAAAGAGCUUAAGCUCUCAGAGGCACAAUAAAAACCGUGCAAAAACCUACAAUGGAUACCACAUUACUAACAGCAAUACAUGGCAGAGAGGCCCAGUAAAUCUAACAGCAGGAAAUGCCAGCAUGGAGAAAAUUCUUUUGGGACACUACAGAAGUGGAAACAACUCAAACAAUUUGUACCCUGGCAUACACCUUGAUCAUUCCAGUAACUUUUCAUCAAACUCUAGAAUUGCAAAGUUCAAUGCAACACUUUUUUCUUCAGCCUCUCAUCUUACAAAUCAAGGAUCUGAUAUCGAGGAAGCCAUGGAUAUUGAUCACCAGGAGAUGAAUGAUGAAGGUGUUGGCUUUGAAGGAAAUAGUACAUCUGUUUUACAAGAGGGAAUUGAUGCUUCUAGGCAGUUGGGAGCUCCAGUAGAAGAUCAACCUUUGGAACACAAGAUCAAAAUAGUUGUUGGUGAAUCUUCCUCUUCAGGUGAAAAAUCAAAGGUAAGUAUCAGAGACAAUAAGAUUGUGGGAUAUUUUGAAAAAGUAAUUACACAGUAAGUUUUAAUUGAGAUAGUCAAAACUAUUCUUGCAUUCCAGGACCACCCAAUUUUCUUUGGCAAAUCAUGACACCAGUUUCAAACAAUCAUAGAUCAUUUCAUUAUUCCAUGCCAAUUACAGCAAGGUUAAUCUGUUGACAUGGCUCCUUUGUUUAUGUUUAAAUUUAGUUAUUUCCAUCACCACACCAAUAAAUGAUAACUGAGAAUUUCAUUGAAGGCACAAAUUAACUUGGUUAUACUUAUUUGCUAAGAAUGAAUUGACUAAUAAGCAAUUUACACCUUAAUUUGAAUUAAAACAAAGAAUGCACCAGUGUUAUAAGGUGUUUUAUGACCAGAAAAUAAAUAUUGGUUACACUAACUCCCAUAAAUGACUAAGAAAUAAUUUUUCCUUACAGUAUGAAUACAAUAUCAGGCAGAGUGAGUAUAACAAAAAAUAUUAAUUAGGGGAUUAUCAUCUGAUCGUACAUUAAAUUCUCAGAACAAACUGUAUAAGAAAUGUAUGACAGAUUGUAAGGAGAAUUUUCAUUUUAGAUAUUGGUUGUGAAUGGGUUAAAAUUGUCUUAUUUUCCUUACCUAUUAGGAACCAAAGCAAGAAAUUCAGAUAGCAAAGCAGAAAAAAGAGGUAAAUGAACAGAAGCUGCAAACACUGAAAGCUGCUCCUACUGUGUCAGUGAACCGGAAGAGGCCAAUUUACAUCGUCCUUCAUGUUGGUAACAUUCAGAUUGGAGAGUUUACAGGAAAGGCAUCAGCUCCAGUAAAGGUAUAUAUAAGGCAAUGAGUUUGUUAGGGGUACUUCAUAUUUGAUUUACAAGUAAUUACUGGUAAUGCAAAGAAACAAAAUGAUCUUGGUCCUUACUGCUUUUACUCCUGAGAUCUUUUAAGAAAUUCUCCUUACUAUACGCCAUACAAUUCUUAUGAUGAUAAUGCCAAGAAUUAAAUAUCAGAUUAACUUAUAAUUACCUAAUUAAUUGAUAUUUUUCUUCUGCUCAUCAUUCAUCUGCUUGGUACUCUACAUGUAUUGUGAGAAGAGAUUCUGUCUUGGUCAGUCAUGGAAGUUUAAGUGUCAACCCUUUCACAGCCAUGAUCUCAUCAGUAAUUCUACUAACUGCCUGCUAUACAAUUUUCUUGAUGUGAGUGAAGAUGUAAGAAUUUAUUAUUGGAUCAUCUCACAAUCCCCUAAUUUAAAUUUUUCUUUAUUCUUGCCCUUUGUCUGCUUGAUAUUGAAAGGAGAAAUUCUGUCUUGAUAACUCAUGAGAGUUGAAGGGAUAGCACCCUAUCAUAUAUAAUGCUAAUGAUAAUGAUAAGGAAUUUAUUUAGCGCUAAAACAAUAAACAAUAUUCAGAAGCACUUUACACAAGUUAAAGUUCUAUUCUAUAAAUAAUUCUACCAUGCACUAUGAUUUUUUUUCUAUUAAGAAUUUUUAAAAUACCAGGGAAAAAUUGCAUGAAUGCCAUGAUUUGAACAAUUGAUCCUAAUAAAUAUUUAUUAAUAGUUGUGAUUGAGUGAUGAAGUACUUGCAAUUUUUUUAAUAGAUAUAUGCAGAGAAAAUUUUCAUAGAAAUGGAGACAAAUGAAGGUAAACUCACCCUCUUUACUAUUUUGUCAUAAGAGCUGUAAUUUGGAAAGUGCAUGCUUCUCGCACAAAUAAAGCCUUCAAGGUAAUUUAUCCAAUGUGUUUAUGCUUGAUUAGGAAUUGGUUCCAAAACUGUUUCGCACCACUUCAGAAUUCCCUGUAAAGAUUUAACAGAAUGCAAGGUAAAUUACUAAUGUUACUUACUGGUAUGCUCUGGUUUUUCUAGUUUAUUCCUUUCCAGUACAGUUUUUAAAAUUAUGACAGCUAGUAGCUUGAUUAUUUUUAUCGUCAGUAUUUUAAUCAAUAGAUUUAUACUAAAUGCUUCUUGUGCUGCACAGUAGCAUAAAGUGAUAAUCUCAGCCACUGUUUGUUCUUUGUCUUUGGAUAGGCAAGUUUUGUGGGUUCCCCUUUACUUCUUGUUGCCAGACCAACUCCUGCUGGGGCAGCUGCCAUUUGUGAAAAAUGUAAGGAUCAAGGAAAAUUUCUAGACCCUGAAAGUCAAGGUAUGCCAGCUGUCAUAUAUAGAGAAUGAUGCAGAAUUUAUUCAUUUAUCCUUGAUUUUUGAUCCUCAAGCCUCAAUUCUCAACUGUCCCUUCAGGGGUUUUAAAACAGUUCAACGACUGCCAGAGUGCUGCCAGCUACUCGAUAACAUGUCGCUGGUUACUUUGGUCAAAAUAAUUACCUUUAAGUCCUUAAUGAACUUUUCACAGUCACUUACUUUUGCAAAGUCUGAUGCCUACUUCAAACCUUUUUGAAACCCCUGCCCCUGAUUCUCUAUAAGUUUGUAGGAUUGAGUUUUGAGUCAAAACUGUCAACUUAGAUUUGAAUGACACUAUACAUCAAUUAUAUUUUGUACCAGAUACAAGAAAGAGGGAUAUUGUUCUGGUGAUGAAUUACAAAGUGAUGCCGAGAGACACUAAAGCUGACUUAAUUGAGUUGGUGGGUUUUCUAUCUUUGUUGUGUUCCACAAUAAUUAAUAAAUAAUUAUUUCUAAUUGUAUACUCUAAUUCUAUAUCUCAGUGUGUUUAACUGAUGAUCCAAAUUUUGUGACUCAAGGUUUAAUGCCUCUAUCUGCUUGCGUUUUCCUUUGCAUUCAAUUACCAAUUAAAAAAGCACUUACAGUCACUUGCUUUGACUGGGGAAUGAACGUAUAGCUUCUCCAUAGCUGGUAAGAUAUUAAUCAGAAAAGCAUUUAGCUGGGAAAUUUACUCUUUCAACUUCCAAACUAAAGAGCAAAAUUGAUUGUAAAUUUUUCUCCAUAUUUCAGUUUCAGAACCGUUUUGCUGAACAGCUAUUGUGGAGUGAGCUGAGGUAUACAGAGAAUACACAUUAGCUAAAUAUUUCAUUUUGCUUUAAAUGUGGGAGGGAGAGUAUUGAUAUUGCUCCUCUUUAACUUAACUGCACACAACCAUCUUUGGAGUUGUUCUAAAAUAAUUCUACCAGAAUGGUCACUCUUAGGGGCUUUUUCAACAAAUAAGAGAAAGAGGAAGCUGUAGCUUGGAAGUUAGCUAUCAGAUAGUGCAGCUAGGAGCUGCUAGAGAUGGGCAGGCUAGAAAGCCUCAGCCCUGCCCUUUUCUCCCCUUCAAAUGCACCUAUGAACAUCAACUUGCUUGCCCUUCCCAAGAAAAAUAAUUGAACAUUUUUGUACAAUGGGAGUGUUCAAAAAUUGCUUUUUUUGUUGUUAUCCCAAGUUUAAAGGAAGCACAGGAAUUUUUCGACAAGAAGCAAGAUGUUGUUGUUCCUUGUGAACAGCCACAAAGUCCACAUCCACCAAUCACAGGAGGCCCAAACACAGAAGGCCCAAACACAGAAGGCCCAAGCACAGGAAGCCCAAGCACAGGAAGCCCGAGCACAGGAAGCCCGAGCACAGGAAGCCUGAGCACAGGAUGCCUGAGCACAAGAAGCCCGAUCAAUUUAGAGCAAAGGAAAAUACUAACACCCAAAGGUACUGUUGUAUUCUGUUAUUAAAAUAAUCCGUGUAAUUUAAAUACUCUUCGUGAAGAACUCUUUUAGUUACAUGCCGCGAACUUGGGGAUCUGUGUAAUUUAGUUGAAAUAGUUCCGUUUGUUUUGUGUUCAUUCAUGUAUAUAGCUUAUUCAUUUUCUAUAUCACUCUCGUACUUUUUGUGUAUUUCGGAAUCAAGUUAUGAAAACCUUUUUAAGUCUUUCAUGGUAAAACGUCAUCUCUACUCUGCUACUCUGCAUGUUGCAGCACAUGCACUGAGUUGCAGCCAUGACAUGUACAUCGUAAUAAAGGCUAAGAAUGCAUCCAAGAUUGAAUUGCACAGGUGCUACACAUUGACCUGCUUCUCUUACAUUUAGUAUGAUGCAACUAUAGGUCUUGUUAUUCAUCCUGGAUAAUUGUAGGUUACCUCCCCUUCUCCCUCCCUCCCCCCUCCCCCUCACCCCCAACCUCAUUUUUUGCUCACGUACCAAUAUAUAUAUGUGCUUGGACCUAAACGACCCUAUUUCCUUCUUUUUUUUUGUCAGCACUAGAUAAUUUUUUAUGUUCAUUUCUUUAUACAGGUAAAAAGCAUGCUCGGAAAAAGCUUCUCAAAAAUGAAACAAAGUCUCCUUCGGUGAGGAAUUCUUAUACCGUGUUUCGUAAACUUCCUUUGUGUGUAUAAAUCGUCGAGGAAGAAUUUCAAUAAUAGGAUCAGGGCCGUAAAAGGAGCCAAUAGGUUAAUAAAUGAAUAUUUUGAGGGAAACCGUUACAGUUAUCAGAAUGUCGAUUCUUUUUCGGGGGAAUGGGGUAGGUGCGGUCACCGACGUGGAAAAGUGAUGAAAAUAACUGGGUUUUUUUUUUUGUUUUUUUUUUUAUCAUACAGGCCAAGGAACCAGUAUCUCCCUCUAGGGGUGCAAAGCAGGCUGAAUCGGGAUGUCAAACGGAAAAAAAUGACUCAGCAGAAAACGCCAUACAAACUCGGAGUAGACGAAGGAAGGCGUCAGAGGUCCCUAACAUGGACAAACCUGAAACGACUGGUUUUGAACCUGUCAAGCUGGAUAUUCUUCUCCAUCAUACAAAAAUGCAGUCGCAAAUCACCUUACUGGAUCAGCACAGCAAGGAGCAAAGGGAGAACUUACAACAACACCAGAAGCUGCUUGAAAUAGAAAGGGGAAAGCUGCAGGAAAUGGAGGAAGAGAAAGAACGACAACUCGGGCGAAUGAGAGACUUGGAGAUAAGUUAUUCCGCCGAUAGAGAACGUCUUCGAGUCUUAGAAAACACUGUGGUGGAAAAGGAUCGCGUCUUAGCACAACAAGCUGCUAAUUUAGCUAUGAUUAAUAAUGAACUAGAACGAGAGCGUGUUUCAUUGCGACAGCUUCAAAUAGAGCUCGAACAAGAGCGUGAAGCGGGUUCCCAUUUGCGCAAAGUUCAAAAUGAUCUUGUUCGUGUUCGUCGAGCGCUGGAUGAAGAGAAAACUGUGCGCGACAUGAGGGAGCAGCAACUGAGGGAGAAGGAGACAAGCUUGCUCGAAAUACAAAGAACACUGAGUGACGAACAGCAGGAAAGAUUAAGGCUGGAAGAGGAGCUGCGGCAAGCGAGAAAUGCCUGCACCCAGCUGGAGAGAAGUCUGGAAAGUGAACGGUUGUCGAGUCAGUCUAGUCAAGAAGAUAUUCAAACAAAGCAGGACACUAUUGCUGAACAGCUCGAUCUUUUACAGCAGGAACGCGAGGGGAAGAGAGAUCUGGAGGAAAGGUUAAGGAACCUGCAGAUUCAAGUGGACGAGGAGCGAAGCAGGCGUAUCUCAACGGAGAGAGAACUAGAUGAAGAAAGAAUGAUUGUGCAACAGAAUAGAGAGACCAUGGGGCGAGAGCGCGAACAGUACGAACAACGAAUCCGAGAGAGUGAACGAACCGCUUCCGAAAGCGAACGUCGACUGCGAGAAUUGCAAUCAGCGGUUUCUGUGGCGCAAGACGCCUUAGCCGAAUAUCGUCGCCUUGAGCCACGUGACUGGAUUAUUCGAAGAGAGGAAGUAACUCUCACUGAAAACAGUUUGGGUGUAGGGGCCUGGGGAAAGGUUUACGGAGGAACGUUUCGCGGUUGUCAAGUCGCGGUGAAACAAAUUCACGAUCUUAUUCUGUCACCGCAUAAUCGCAGACUUUUUGAGCGUGAAAUGAGUAUCGCAUCACGAUGCCGACAUCCUCACCUGCUACAGUUUAUUGGUGCGACGAAUGAUGAUGGCAGCCCAUUGUUUAUAACCGAACUACUCGAUACGGAUUUGAGGAGAGUUUUAGAACAGCGGGCUCUGCACCAAGAGGAGAUCAUCUGUCUCGCUUUGGAUGUCGCCAAAGGACUAAACUAUCUACAUCUUAACAAACCUUUCCCCAUCAUGCAUAGAGACAUUAGCAGCUCAAACGUGUUGCUAUGGAGACGGGAUGACUGUUGGAGGGCAAAGCUUUCAGACUACGGAGCAGCAAAUUUCAUGCGCCAAUACAUGACAGUCAAUCCAGGAGCCAGAAUUUACGCUGCUCCUGAGGCCCUUACUUCCCAGCAAUCUCCAAAGGUAAAGAUGUGUACGUAUUAUUAAUAAAAGUUCCUCGCGGAACCUUAGAUCCCCUAUUCGAAUUUUGAUCAGUGUUUUUAGCUUGUUAUCAGCUGCAUGUAUUUUCAUUGAGUCUCCCUUGUUUUAUAUCAAUGUCCUCUACUUUUGCGCAGUAAUGCCUGUUACUUCCCGCUUUUGUGGAAAAUCUAUUUUAGGACACCUCUAAUCAUGAAGUUAGACUCAGACACCUACUGAGUGCUCCUGUUACCUUUAGUAUCUGAUAUAUUCAUUGAGAGGGACACUCCUAUUCUGAGACAUUUUCUCUAGUGACGAUUUAGUCCCUUGACUGAAAGUCCCACUUAACAUCGUUACGACUACUUCACCUUCCAGGCGGAUGUGUACAGUUACGGUUUACUGCUAUGCGAGAUGUGCAUCAGAGAGCUUCCGGUUCCGCAACAGAUCCAUCAACAAAUAGGCCUGGUAACGAACGGUGUUCUCCGAGAGCUCAUCAUGCGGUGUGUCCUAACAGACCCUGAAACGCGUCCCUCUGUCAGUGACGUCAUCGCGGUGCUAACUCAGCAAUCGGAGUCCAUACGAGCGCUGGGACUGGUGUCGUUGAAUGGAAGAACAGCUACUUUAUGAAACCUUAUUUUGUCUUCGUUCUCACGAACUUGUUAGAGUAACUUUGAACUUUGGUGUAACACCGGUACAAUUUCCUUGGAGGAAAAUCUGCGUUUUUUAUUGUUUUAAAUAUCUUACCAUCUUAUUUAAACGUUGAGUUUAUUUAUGAUUUCAAGGAUUUUAAUACCAAAAAAAAAGUGAAAAAAGAAAUAAAAAACAAAACUUAUUAUUUAUCAUCAUGAACUCAUGCGUCAUAGAAAAGCCAAAGAAAUGUCGGUGUGAUUUUACUUGAUCACGCUUCGUUUCGGAUCCAACAGGUGCGUAUGCAGACUAUGUAGCCUUAAGCAAUGGCUACCAUUAUGUGGGGUGGUUUGCGAAAAUGGUGACGCGAAUACUUGAAAAACCUGGCCGCAUUUCACUCCAAGACCCAUUGAACUACUAUGUGGUUGAAAAUGCCGAUUUGAGUGGCUAUACCCAGUUCUUUUUGUAUUCAAGAGGUUUAUUUCACAAGAAUAGAGAAAAGUGGAAAGUGGGUGGAAAAUGAAGGCCAUGACAUCAAAGGAAGUGGUCUUGAAGGUAAAAAUAUUGUUACCUCUGGCCAGAUUUUAAGUGUUGUUAUCGUCAUGUGAUUGCCUUGUUUUCUUACCAAUUACGUAGCGUGUAUUUUGAGCAUGAUAUGCAUAAUUUAAACUUGAGCAGGUCUAUUGUCCAUGACAAGUUAACCAUGCAGUUUCACAACGUAAUGCCAAUAAUAAUUAGCAUUUGAAACACUUAUCAAAGGUUUAACAACAAGCGACUGAAGUGAACUUUCCCUAAACGUUCGCACCUCGGUUCUCAGUCAGUUGCUGUGCAUCUCGACAAGUUGUAAAGAUAACUUUUGAUAAAUCUCUCACACGAGCGAGCGAUAAAGUUGAAGGAUGUGUUAGCAACGUCAAGUGAGGGUUCUGUUAGUUGCUUUCCACGUUACAAACCUGUGUCUUCAAAGAAUUUGAAUUUCGACUUCCGUAGGAGAUUGAAAGGAAUCAGACAUGGGGAAUACAGUAAGUUUCCUCGUUUUAGAUCCUCAGUGUUAUGUGAUUCUUUAAGUUUGCAGCCACUAACGGUUGUAUUUGAUAAACAUGUUUGAAAGAGGUCUUUACCGUUUCCGCUUUACCGUUUCUACGCUCACGAAAAGAAGUUUGAUGCUCGUACGAUGGACUCGUUGUAGAUGGUGACAGAGUUGUGAAGGGUUUACAAGGGAACUGAAUCUCAGCGACUAACCGAACAUGAAAUUUUAUGUUUAUUACUUCAAUUCUGCAUCGAAAUUACUUUAGCCAUGACGAGUAGCUGUUUUAAAAACUCAUCCGCUGACCAGUGGCUAGCUAAUACUGUUUACAUCUAAGUUAGAACUGUUCUUGAGAAUUUUACUUGCACGAGUACUUCUCUUAUAACUACACCGUCCGAAGAUACAUCAUACCAAUGUUUACAAAGAAGGGAUCAUAGAUAGCAUGAACUUGUUAAGAUAAUUGGUGCUUCUUUGAAACGAAAGAAUGCAAAAUUGACUGUGGUAAAAACUGUUAUUAUUAGUGAAGUGUCGAGGGUGGGGCAUGGUUGUUCGUGCGUCAUUACCGAAAGCCAAUUGCUUGUCCCCAGCCCCGCCAAAUUCAGUCAUUAAGCAUUUAUCCUAUGACGUCUAAGUCUUUAAAAUUUCGAAAUGAUGCUUGAACCUGAAUAGGGUGCGAUUACAUCGUAAGCAGACCGCUUACUGGAAAACUUGAACACGAUGAAACCUUAUCCCUUAUGUCUUCACGUCAGCAAUGGAAAUUCGUAAUUCAUGGACUAACGCGACUUAUUUUCCCAUUUCUCUCUUAUUCCACACCUAGAAUUCUCGUCCUCGAAAAAUGUUUAAAUGAUAAAUAUGAAUUGCGGGUGUGGAGUCGCACAGCUGUUUCUGAGUGGGCUUACAUCAACCCCCCCACAUUCCCCCCCUUCCCCCCUUCCCCCUUCCUCCCCCCCGGCCUCAAAAACGUCCUUGCUUUCAAGAGGGUUUUUCAUAGGAUUGCGUGAACGGAGCCUUAAUUUUGAUAACGGUUGGUGGAUGUUUAAGAUUUCACAAAUUCAGUGAGUUCAAAUAAGUGUUACAUGCUCUUACAAAAACUUUAUCUUUCAGAGCAUAAAAGAACUUGAACAAAUGGGAGAAGUCAUCCCAGAAUUCAGCUCACAGAACUCUUCAGAUGUCGAGAGAACUUUCCAAGUUGUUGGAAACGAGGAUGACGAAAACACGGUAUCUAAUGAAGAAAUCCCAGCAUGUGACAAUUCUAAGGCCAAAGCCAGACCAAAGAAAGAGAAAAAGCGAGAUAAUUUGAAAACGGAGAGCAAAGCUGAUCAAGAACUUUCCGAAACAUACCUUGAAGAGCACAUUCCCCGUAAAAAGAAGGCCAUGAAAGCAAAGAUUAAACAUUUAUUGAUAGAACUGCAUGGAAAAGAUGAAAUUCUUUCAAAAGGAAAGGAAAUUCUUGACCGUUUGACUGUUGAACGAGAACGUCACUUGGAGCGCAUUGAGGAAAAGGAGCAGGUCAUUGAAGGCAAGGAAUUUGUUAUUCAGUCUUUUCAAGAGAAAAUGCUAACAUUUAUUCAACGAAUAGACGAAAAAGAGUCAGAACUAAGAGAAAAUGAACGAUUACUAAAUGAAGCGAAUGAUCGAGUUGAGCUGUUACAGAAACAGCAAGCCGAACAAGAGGAGAUUGUGAAAGAAAUGCAGAGCACAAUGGAAAAUUUGGAUAAGCAAACGAAAAACGGCCAGCAUUCCAGAGAAGCGUUCAAUGCUGACUUAGAUGUUAAAGUUGAGUUUGAGUCCCUCAAGAGAGAAAAUGAACGCUAUAAGUUACAACUGCAGGAAAAUCUUAGUACUCUAAGAGAGAGAGAACGCGAGAUAAACUCUUUAAAGCGUGAAAAGGAAACUAUUCAAGAAGAGAAAAGACAUUGUGAUAAGGUCAGUCUUGAACGAAAGUUUUCAGUCGAUCGAUUAAACAGAGAGAAGGAAAGAGGCUUGGCAUAUCUCGACCAGUUAGAGAUAAGACUAAAAGAGAAGGACCAGGCAAUGCAGCAAGCUCGAGAUGAGAGUAUUGAACUCCGAGAUCAACUUAAACGCAAAGAUAAUCUGCUUUUGGAGAAGGACAGGACUUUGGAAACGUUAGAAAACUCGAGAAAAGGGACGUCUGACCGAUUGGAUAGACUCGAGAAGCAAUGGCAGGACGAGCGCAGAACACAACGAAAUGCGUAUGAUGCGUUACAUGACGAGAAACGUGCGUGUGAAGAACGUUUGCAGCGCGCUCAAGCGGAUGUUGAAACAUAUCAAAGACGUAACCGUGUCUUAGAACGUGAAAUUGAUAGAGCGCGUCAAACUACUGCCAUAUUCCGUGGAGAUCAACCAUGGAUCAUCACAAGAGAAGAAAUCAAACUCUCCGAUAAGGUUCUUGGUACUGGCGCGUGGGGAAGAGUCCUUGAAGGGAAUUUUCGAGGAACAAAAGUGGCAGUGAAAGAAAUCCACGAAAUAAUUCAAUCAGCUCAUAACAGACUCCUCUUUGAUCGCGAAAUCACGUUUGCCACUCUAGUGAGACAUCCAUGUAUUUUACAGUUCUUAGCUGUGGCUGAUUACCGUACCAGCAAACCCCUCUUAGUGGCGGAACUCAUGGACAUGUCUUUGUCUCAACUUGUUAAAGAUGAGAAAACCUUAGGCAACAGAUACAUCAGGAUACUGGCGCUUGAUGUCGCUUAUGGUCUGAACUACCUUCACUGCUUUCGACCCAAUCCCAUACUGCAUCGUGACGUAAACAGCGGGAAUGUCAUGGUUUGGCGCCAAGGUGACAAGUGGCGCGGGAAACUCUGCGAUUUUGGGUCAGCGGAGUUCAUGGGAAGCAAGAUGUCAGAGAAUCCGGGAAAUCCGUUUUACUGUGCUCCUGAAGCAAACAGUUCUAGACACUGCCCCAAGGUAAAAAAAAAAAAAAAAAAAUUGAUAAUAAUUAUGGAAAAUUUACCCGUCUAGUCUCUCCAUUAUCCAGGUUUUAUCAUAUAAAAAUAUAGAGAAGUGCGUUCAUAAACAUCAGUGUCUAGGAUUUCUUAUUCCGAGUUUUUCGGUUUGAGGUUAUUAGACAGACAAUAACAGUCACUUUUUAUCCGGACUGAGUCAAAGAGUAGCUUAGUGAAACCCACGUAGCAAAGAUCGUCAAACCUGUCGACUAAUUAUUUAGCUUGACAAUUUUUUCCCAACCCUGAAAUCUUUUUCUUGCAAUUAAUAAUUUGUUUUGGAUAAAACUGCAAAGAAAAAAAAAACAGACAAAUUCGGAUCAGUUUCAGUAUCUGAGCACCUGCGCGCCUACUCCUCCCCAAACUCAACAUUAACCCCAGCUUGUUAUCUUAUCAAAUGUUUUAUUGGGUUAGGGGAGGGGUAGGCGGGAAGUUGCUCAGAUACCGACAUUGAUCUACAACUCUUCAUGUUUGCUUCCCAACAGAUGGAUGUAUACAGCUUUGGUGUUCUCCUCUGUGAACUCUGCAUCAACCAAACACCUAAUCCUGCUGAAAGAGAGCGACAAAUUGCACUGAUGUGGAACAAGGACCUGAGAGAGUUGGCUGAGCAGUGCAUCACACCAGAUCCGCUUACACGAUGUACCAUGACUGACGUCAUCAAUGUGUUAGAGCCCAUGACCACGUGAGACAUUAGAACUAGGUUUUUAAGUCUGAGAUCAUCUUACAUGUUUCGCACGUGAUUGAAGCUUCCGUGAAUUUUAUUAAAUGCUUGUUCGAGCAACUAUACCUUGUAAAGUAAAUUGUCAGGGAUGGUAUGGAGUUGUUCCUUUGCUGUUUCUAGAAAUAUCGAUACUUCAUAAUGAUAAAGUUGACGAUGAAUAUUUCUUAUCGUUGUUACUUCCACUCAAAAAUCAAAUAUUAAGCAAAAGAAACAAGUUUAAGUGCCACCUAAAUAUAACAUUCCGUGCAACUGAUUAUCUGAACAGGAACCCAUACCCUAAAAUGUAGUGUUUAACUUUUUCUAGCUAAAGGAGGUACGCAUAUGAUAAAAAAAGAGAACGGUCUCUCUUGGUUCAUCCUCUCCUAUAUGGAUAAUGUAAUGGUUGUGUGGCGAGCUUUGGCCCAUCCACCUACAGACCUUACUGAAAAAAUUACUGUCAGUUCUGGAUCAUGUUUAAUACUUUGGGCAAUCAGGC